GUCGAGGCCCCUUUUGCACGCGCAACGGACAUCGACCCGGCUGCGAGAGAGGAGAGGCUUAACGUGACGUUAACAGAGAGAAAGGGCAACCGAUUCUCAAGGGGCCAUGGCUGCUCACUUCACGAGGCUUAUUUCGGCCAAGAGGGCCACGAUGGUGGUGGCCGCUGGCUCCGUGACCGCCGCGCUGCUGAUGAAUUCCAACGGGGACGUGGCCGCCGACAGUAGCGGCUCUCGCAGGAAACUCUUUCCUCCCAGCUCCGACUACCCAGACCUCCGCAAGCACAACAACUGCAUGGCUCACAAGCUCACGCCGGCUCUGUACGCGCUGCUGCGCGACAAGACCACACCCAGUGGCUUCACUGUGGACCAGUGCAUCCAGACCGGGGUGGACAACCCGGGGCAUCCAUUCAUCAAGACCGUGGGGAUGGUGGCCGGGGACGAGGAGUCCUACGAGGUGUUCGCCGAUCUCUUCAACCCCGUGAUUAAGGAGCGGCACAACGGGUACGACCCCAACACGAUGACUCAUCCCACCGACCUCGACUCCAGCAAGCUCAGAAACGGCGUCUUCGACGACCGCUACGUGCUGUCGUCACGAGUGCGGACCGGCCGCAGCAUCCGUGGCCUGGGUUUGCCUCCCGCAUGCUCGAGGGCCGAGCGGCGCGAGGUGGAGCGUGUCGUGGUGUCCGCCCUGGCCGGUCUCAAGGGGGAUCUCAACGGCCAGUACUUCGCGCUGGCCACGAUGACUGACAAGCAGCAGCAGCAGCUGAUCGAUGACCACUUCCUCUUUGACAAGCCCGUUUCUCCCCUGCUCACGGCCUCGGGCAUGGCUCGCGAUUGGCCAGACGCGCGUGGCAUCUGGCACAACGACCAGAAGACAUUUCUCCUGUGGGUCAAUGAGGAGGACCACACGAGAGUCAUCUCCAUGGAGAAGGGAGGAAACAUGAAGCGAGUGUUCGACCGCUUCUGCCAUGGCCUGCAGGAGGUGGAGCGUCUGAUUAAGGAGCGUGGCUGGGAGUUCAUGUGGAACGAGAGGCUGGGGUACAUCCUCACGUGCCCCUCCAACUUGGGCACAGGCCUGCGUGCCGGGGUGCACAUCAAGCUGCCACACCUCAGCAAGGACAAGCGAUUCUCCCAGAUCCUCGACAACCUGCGUCUGCAGAAGCGCGGCACGGGCGGAGUGGACUCGGCCACCACGGGCGACACCUUCGACAUCUCCAACCUCGAUCGCCUGGGGAAGUCCGAGGUGGAGCUGGUACAGCUCGUGGUCGAUGGAGUGAACUACCUCAUUGAGUGCGAGAAGAAGCUGGAGAAAGGCCAGGAGAUCCGCGUGCCACAGCCGCUGCAGAACUCCCCGCGCAAGUGAAGAUGGGAUUGUGAGCCAUCGAAUCGACCGUCGGGGGUUUAGUGAAACGGUGGAUGGGUUAGUAUGCUGCUCAGUGGGGUAAUCGCCACAAUAGUGAAUUAGUAAGCCAGCGGGUGGCCUCGUGGUGGUUGGGACGGUGAGCUAUUGAAUCAGCCAGUGGGGACGUGACCAGUUUAGUGAAUGGUCGAUGGUCUAGUAAGCUACUGAAUGAGAUAACCAUCUGAUUAUUGCAUUAUUGAGCUGAUUGAUAGGCUAGAGAUUUGGAGGGUGGAACCGUGAACUGACGAGUGGGAUAUUGAGCUUGUGAAUUAGCCAGUUGGCUGGUGAAUGGUUUAAGUGAAAUUGCGAGUGGAUCUGUCAGUUGCUGAAUAAGAUACAUGAGCGAGCAUAUGACCUAGUGAGCUCCCGAACGGGACAGUGAGCUGACAGAAUGUCUGGCGAGUUGGUAUGUACAUGCAGAGAAGAACAAGAAUGUGGUUGAGAGGGAAGAGAGAGGAGUUGGGGAUGGAAUUUGAAAGUGGCUCGAAACUUGGCCCAUUGCGUGAGAAACGUCGCAUAUGUGAAUGAUCAAAAAAGCAAAUUAAAAUGAUGAACGUUUUAUUAAUCGAGGUUUGGGGACCCUUGACUGCUGAAGGGAAUUAACAUUCCAUCCCAAUGCAUUUGACUAAAUUUACUCCAUAUUUUAAAACAAUAAAACAAGGAAACUGAA